GGGCGCCUCCCGGUUCCGGGGUUCCGUCCUGUUUGGGGGGCUACAGAGGAAGAGGGGGAUGAAGAUGGAGCGAAAACAAAGAGGGAGCUGCUGCAAGACAAACUAACGGAACCCAGAUCAGCAGAACCUCAUGGAGGUGCGCAACCCAGAGGAGCAGGAGGAGGAGAGAGGAGAAGGGGGAGGAGGAGGAGGAGAGGUUACCAUGGAAACCACCAGCUGUCCAGUUUACUGCAUCUGUCGGAAACCAGACAUCAACUGUUUCAUGAUAGGCUGUGACAGCUGCACCGAGUGGUACCAUGGGAACUGUGUCGGAGUCUCGGAGAGAGCAGCCAAGGCCAUCAGGGUGUGGUUCUGUCCGUCCUGCAGAGACCGAGACCCAGCCCUGGAGAUUAAAUACCGCCAGAGGAAGAACAAACAGGGGGAGUCAGGAAAAGAUGACAAAACUGAUGGAGAUGACAGCUCCACCCCUCAAUCCAAACUCGACAGGAGGCGGGGCUCCCAGAUAAAGCGCUCGGCCCGGAUGUGUGGUGAGUGUGAUGCCUGUCUCAGGACGGAGGACUGUGGUCAGUGUGACUUCUGUAAGGACAUGAAGAAGUUUGGGGGUCCUAACAAGAUCCGACAGAAGUGUCGCAUGAGACAGUGCGAGGUCCGAGCUCGGAAGAUGCUCCGGGUCAGAGACGAGGAGAUGAGUCAGGGCGACAGCAGGGGGCAUGGUGUUUUAAGAAAGGGGGCGGGGCAUCUGAUGGAUGAAGACGAUGAAGAAGAUCGGGAGGGGUUCAGCGAGAGCGAGCUGGAGUUGUAUGAGCAGUACAAAGCUGCUGGUUUCAGUCACCUGGUAUGGCGCAGCGGGGAGGAAGAGGAGGAAGAGGAGGCUCAAUCUGAUUUGUUGAGGAAGAAAGCUGUGAAGGUGAAGCAUGUGAAGAGACGAGACAAGAAGCCAGAGAAGAAGAAGUCUGUGUUUGCUCCGAAAGAGGAGAUCAAGCUUCGGCGUCAUAAGGUCAAACAGAGGCACCGGGAGCGUGUGCGACAUAGUGAGCGAGCAGGAGAGGGUGGAGCUAAAGAUGUGGGCGGGGCUGUGAGGCAGUGCCUGGGCCCUAGUUGCAUCGAACCUGCGAGGAGCAACUCCAAGUACUGCUCUGAGGAAUGUGGGAUGAAGCUCGCCGCCAACCGAAUUUACGAGAUCCUCCCCCAGAGGAUCCAGCAGUGGCAGCAGAGUCCCUGCAUUGCAGAGGAGAUGGGGAGGAGACAGCUGGAGCGAAUCAGGAAGGAGCAGCAGGCCGCUAGGCUCCGCCUCACGCUGAUGGAGAAACGUUUCCAUGAUCUGGAGACCAUCAUUGCCAACGCCAAGCAGCAGCAGGUCCAACAACAUGAGGAGGUGGCCGAAGGAGAUGGAGAUGACACAGACCUGCAGAUAUUCUGUGUCUCCUGCAGCCAUCCCGUCAACCCUAAGGUGGCGCUGCGUCACAUGGAGAGGUGCUAUGCUAAGUAUGAGAGUCAAACCUCCUUUGGGUCCAUGUAUCCAACCCGCAUUGAGGGAGCCACCCGGUUGUUCUGUGACGUCUACAACCCUCAGAGUAAGACAUACUGUAAGCGGCUGCAGGUCUUGUGUCCAGAACAUUCCAGAGAUCCAAAGGUCCCAGCAGACGAGGUGUGUGGCUGUCCUCUGGUCAGAGACGUGUUCGAGCUGACCGGAGACUUCUGUCGGGUCUCCAAGAGGAAGUGUAACAAACAUUACUGCUGGGAGAAGCUUCGGCGUGCCGAGGUGGACCUGGAGCGAGUUCGUGUGUGGUAUAAGCUGGAUGAGCUGUUUGAGCAGGAGAGAAAUCUUCGGGCGGCGAUGACAAACCGAGCUGGGCUGCUGGCUCUGAUGCUGCACCAGACCAUCCAGCAUGACCCAAUCACCACCGAUCUGCGCUCCUCCAAGGACAGGUAGUUCGGUGGACACAGAAGGACACUUUGUUGGACCUUGUCUCUGAGCCACCAGUUAUGUCAGUCCUGCAUUUCAUUUCCUGACGAAACCCCGGAACAUCUGGACCAGAAUCUAGUGGGUUUUUUCCGUUCUGAUGACACCGCUGAACUUCUGUGUUUUUAUCUCUGGACCUGCUUCAAACAGAACCUGGUGCCAUCCACCUGCUCCCCAGCUGACUGCCAAUCAGAGACGUGGAUCCUGACUCCUCCUAGAGGCAGAGGCGCAUCGGACUCAUGAGCGGAUUAGAGCUUGUUGAUGGAAUGUUUUAGAAAAUGAAAGACUUGACUUAUUAUGGGAUAAACGUGACGCGUAGAGACAGAAAAUUAAACCUUAAAGCAUGUGAUGUUGCUCCACCUCCACCACUAGGUGGCAGUGUUUCACUCACUUUUCAUUCCAAACUGCAGGAUUGUUUUCCUCACUCACUGAAAAACUUCAAGGAAUUAUUUGUCUUCAGUUUCUAAAUGUGGGGAAAUGUAGUAAUGAAUUAAUAUUAGAGAUAAAGAAGAUCUGGUCCCUCUGGUCAGAGACAACUUAGAUGUUUUCACUGGACGUUUGAGACAUUUUUCUAAAUUGAUUUUACGUGCUGAGAUUUUUUAAACAGGAACCAAAGUUUUGAUCUUUUGCUGCAGGUUUUGGUUCGUUGGUGUCUCUGAUCAUCCAGAACAUUCUGUGGCUGCUCCGCAACUGUUCUGGUUCACUUUACAAGGACUACACUACUCACAAUCCUCAGCCUGAUAAAUAAGGGCUGUUCUUGUUGCCAUGGAGACACGCACUACUUGAUGAAACUCUGGACCAGAGAAGACACCUCAUGUCACCAUGGAAACCAAAAUAAGGGAGGAGAAACUGGAUUCCCUGAAUAAAAUAGCUAAAGCUCA